AUGCGACGCCCCACAACAUUAUCUAUGAUGUAUCCCAAAUUAGUACGUGAAUCUUCCCUUAUUUCCACUCUAGCCAAUCACGAUUACAACCGGCAUUUGAACUCUAACUUUUAUGCACCUUACAUUUGUUUUUUUUUUUGUUAUUUUUUUUUUUUGCUCUUUCCCGUUAUGCAGAUAUCCGGCAUACCACUAACUUGUGUGGGUGACUUACGAGAAAUGGUGUUAAAUUGCUUAGUUUUUUUGACCUAUUCCAAUAAAGGGUCAUGUUAUCAACUUAGCUAUCCGUACACUCAUUUGAAUCGUAUUGAAAGCAGGAGUCUAAAUAAAUUUCAUACUCUAUCACCCCCUUCUUUCUUUGACCGGAAAUUGUCCUCUAUUGUCCCUAUUUCAAAUUCAAAAAUCCAAAGCCCUUUCUUGUCAUACGCAUGCACCUAG